CAACGAAGUACCAGACUCUCGAUCGUGCUUCUCGUACCACUUCAAGCUUUAAAGUUUAUAUUGUUGUUUUAGUGCGUGUGUGUUGUUGACGAAAUUUUUCACUCGCGAUUUUUAUUUGAGGGUCUUUGGUUCAGUCCACUGUCGUUGGUCUUCUCAGCGUGUCGGUUGUUUUUUUCGUGUGAAUAAAUUAAUUAAGAUGACCACGUCGGAGCUAAUAAUGGUUAAUUCAUGGAACGACCGCUACAACACAGAUAAUUGCAGUAUUAAGAUAAAGAACAAAAAACUAAAAAAAGAGCUGUAUGAGAUAGCCAGUAGGGAACUGAGAGAAAGUGAAUCUAGCCGUAAGGAGUGUCUCGAGCAUCUCAGAAACUGGAUUAAACAGAAUCCUGAUAUAGAAAACUGUCUUACUGAUGAUACCUUUUUGCUUCGAUUUCUUCGAGUCAAGAAGUUCAGCAUUCCUAUGGCAGAACAGACCCUCUUGAAGUAUCUCAAUUAUAGAAAAAGGUUUAAAUACUUCAUGAAUAAUUUGGACUGUUGUGAGCCUAACGUAUCAGAAAUCAUUGGCGAUGGAUUUUUAUACGUGAGCCCCUUUAGAGAUACCUGUGGUAGACGAGUUGUUCUUUACGAUGUAUCAAAAUUUAAUCUUGAGAAGUUCAACGGAGCUGAUCUAGCCAAAGUGUUUUCCAUUACUUACGAAACCUUAACGGACGACGAAGAGAAUCAGAUAUUGGGUGUUAAACACGUAGGAAACUUAGAAGGGGCUAGUCUAAACUAUAUUCCUUUAUUUACUAUUUCUGAUUUUGCAGUAAUGAUUAGGUGGGGCGAGCAAUCAAUGCCGAUGCGACAUAAAGAGAUCAAUGUAAUUAAUUUUCCUCCAUACAUUAAAUUCGUUUAUGAGUUUAUGUUAUCCAUUGCCAGUGAGAAGCUAAAAAGUAGAGUCAAUAUUCAUUCGUCUUUAGAACAACUUCACAAAAAAGUGAGCAAGCACUGCCUGCCAGCUGAACUUGGAGGUGAUAUGCCCGAGAAAGAAAUGAUAAAGCUCUGGAAGCAAGAAUUGGAAUCGAAAAGAAAACGUCUUCUUAGCUACGAUGAGAUGAACCUUCUCAGUGAUAGAGGUAUUAUUAGAAGAAGAAAACCACCAGCGGUAGACGAAACUGGAAUAGGAAGCGUAGCUGGUAGUUUUAGACAAUUACAAGUAGAUUAGAUACUAAAAUAGUUAUUUUAAAUUUUUUGUGUUAACUAUUGUAUAGGUUACCAAAGUUUUAAACUGUAGAUUUCAUAGUGAUUUUAGUACCUAUAAUUUAAUCUAAUUUAGUAUAGCAAUCUUAGACGUUGCUUUUGUUUUAUUGAUAUUAUUCUGUUCUAGUGCUAUUAUAUAACUUUUUCUCUAUUUUCUUAAUAGUACGAUUAGAAAAUGUGAUCCUAGUUAUUUAAAACUACUGUUACUCUUAUACUUAUUUGAACAUUUGAAUUCUCAAACAUUCUAGCUAUUCUAUGUAUGUACUAUUUUCCGUCGUGUUUUCUUCGAGAGUUUCAUCAACCACACGAAACAUCUGGAGUAUUAGCUGUUCUACAUUAUACAUACUUAUCUUAUAUAAUUCAUAACAGCUUGAGCUGAACUACAACGAUAAUAUUUUACCAUGGUUCUAAAACUACUUUCUUGUCUUUUUCUUCUUCUUCUUCUUCUUUUUGUAUAGACAUGACUCUGUCUGUUUUUUCAAUGUGCCUCCAGUAAGUUGUCGUUCCAUCGUUUUCUUGGUCUUCCCACUAAUGUCUUCCUAUUGAAGAAUCGUCUCUAGCCAGCCUUACUACUCUAUUUGUUGUCAUUCGGGAAACCUGUGGCUCUGUUUGCUCUAUUCACUUGAUCUUCCACUUCUGUUUCGAGCUUUUCGUAGCUAGAUAUGUGAUGCCUAGAUAUUUAAACUCCAUUACUUGUUCUAUUAUCUGGACCUCCAGCUCCAAUUUAUAUCUUGUUGGAUUUGCUGUUAUAACCAUGCAUUUUGUCUUUUUUGGGGAAAUUAACAUGUUAAAUUUUCUGGCGGUUGCAUACGUUGUAAAUCAUCUUCACUUUGAGAGAUUAGUAUUGCAUCGUCUGAAUAGCAGAAUAUUUUAAGUUGUUUUUCUCUUAUUUGGUAUCCUUUUUAGUUCUUACUUUUUUAUUAUUUUAUCCAUGAUCAUGUUGAACAAUAAAGGACUCAAGGAAUCCCCCUGUCUUAUCCCAUUGUCAGCAUCAGUUGGAUCAGUUAGUUUAUCUCUUACUGUUACUUUUAUUGUGUUGUUCUGGUAGAUGUUUUCGAUAGUUUUAAUUAUUCCUAGAUGUAGCUCGCUUGAGUAUAACAAAUGGAUAGCGUCCUUUUUUUACAGUGCAGUCUGAAGGAGCAUUAGUCAAAUAAUAUUGACAACUUCUGUUUUAUUUGAAGUUUUAUUUCUCAAAUAAUAAUAUUUCCUCAGAGAUCGAAAAUCGUAACAUAAUUAUAACAUUAUUAUUUUUUAAUUUUAUAUUAUUUAAUUUAUAACAGACUGCAAGAAGUUGACAAGUAACAGAAAGCUAUGGAAAAGAACAACAAAGCUCUGUUCCUAAAAUGCCUGUAAAAAAACAAUUAUAUUAUUUUUUAAUAGUUUUAAUAUUUUUCAAACACUUUUUUACAGAGAUUUUAUAUUGUACCAACUAAAUGUAUAGUCAAAUAUAAUUAUUCCUCUUUUUAUUAUAAAGCUGACAAAAUAAAAUCUAGUGAUAAAAUCCUACAUUAGUUAUUAGACUUAGUUUAUAGAUAUUUUUGUUUGUGUAUAUUUUUUUUACCGUUAUAUAACAAUACCCUACAUUCAUCACAUACCUACUCCUUUAUUACAUAUAAAUAUAAAUAGUAAUAACGUUUUCCAUAAUUUAUAUACAAAGUUAAGUAGUUUAUUGUUGUUUCAAAAUUACUUUUAUAAGUUGGGUUAAAGCUCUCAAGGCUUUAUUUUUCCUAUUUUGUUUCGACAAAGAAUAUCAAACUGCAAAGUUUCUAAUAACUAAUAACUUAUUGGUUGUUUUGUGGGUAUACUUUUGUUUACUAAACAACAAUAAUGUUUAUUGUAAAAUCUUAAUUUAUUUAGACUUUAGCUUUUUGUAAAUGUAGAUAUUAUACUUACUUAAUAAACAUUAAAAGAA